UUAGCAUUACGAGCAGUUCACUCAUGUCCACUCUCCUUGUGAAAAUGUCCCAGUCAAUCCUCGACACCAUGCCCGGAGCCGCCACAGGGACCGUGGUGGUCACAGACCCUCUGAAUUUCUGGGGUGGGAAGAGAGUGAAACCCCGGGAGGAGAAAAACGCAGAGCCCGUGUUUGAACCUUCAACUGGCCGUGUCCUGUGUCAGAUGUUCCCCUGUGGGUCUGAGGAGGUGGAUGAGGCCAUAAAGAGCGCCCAUGCUGCCUACCUAACGUGGAGAAAGAUGGCAGGCAUGGAGAGGGCUCGGGUGAUGCUCGAGGCCGCCCGCAUUAUCAGGGAAAGAAGGGAGAAAAUCGCAAAGCUGGAAGUGAUCAACAAUGGCAAGUCCAUCACUGAGGCACUGGUGGAUAUUGAUAUCGCUUGGCAGACUAUUGAGUACUACGCUGGUCUGGCUGGUACACUCGCAGGCCAGCACGUCCAGCUUCCUGGGGGAGCAUUCGCCUACACAAGGAGGGAGGCCCUGGGUGUGUGCGCUGGGAUCGGUGCAUGGAACUACCCUUUCCAGAUCGCUGCAUGGAAGUCUGCUCCUGCUCUGGCCUGUGGUAACGCCAUGGUGUUCAAGCCGUCUCCAAUGACUCCGGUCACUGCUGUCAUCCUGGCUGAGAUCUACAAAGAGGCGGGGGUUCCAGACGGGCUUUUCUGUGUGGUGCAAGGUGGAGCAGAUACGGGCAGCUUGCUCUGCCAUCACCCAAUGGUGGCCAAAGUCUCCUUCACUGGCAGUGUGCCCACAGGAAAAAAGGUCAUGGAAAUGUCUGCAAAGGGGGUGAAGCAGGUGACUCUGGAGCUCGGGGGGAAAUCUCCCCUCCUCAUCUUCAAGGACUGCGAGCUGGAGAACGCAGUGAAAGGAGCACUCAUGGCAAACUUCCUGACACAGGGACAGGUUUGCUGCAAUGGGACCAGAGUGUACGUGCAAAGAGAGAUCAUGCCCCAGUUCCUGGAGGAAGUGGUGAAGAGGACCAAGGCCAUCCCUUUGGGUGACCCCCUGCUGGAAGACACCCGAAUGGGAGCACUGAUCAGCAAGCCACAGCUUGAGAAAGUGCUGGGAUAUGUUAGUCAGGCCAAGAAAGAGGGAGCUAGAGUUCUUUGUGGAGGAGAGCCUUAUGUCCCCAGUGACCCCAAAUUGAAAGGGGGCUACUUCAUGUCACCCUGUGUACUUGAUAACUGCAGAGAUGACAUGACCUGUGUGAAGGAGGAGAUCUUUGGCCCGGUCAUGUCCGUGCUGCCGUUCGACACGGAGGAAGAAGCGAUCAAGAGGGCCAACAACACCACCUUCGGAUUGGCCUCCGGAGUCUUCACCAGGGACAUUUCUCGAGCCCAUCGUGUGGCUGAGAAUCUGGAGGCAGGAACGUGCUUCAUUAACAACUACAACAUCAGCCCUGUAGAGGUGCCAUUCGGAGGAUACAAGAACUCGGGCUUCGGCAGAGAGAACGGCCAGGUUACGAUCGAGUACUACUCCCAGCUGAAGACUGUCGUCGUGGAGAUGGGUGACGUUGAAAGCCUUUUCUAAAAGCCGCUCGCCAAGUUUACACUGCUGUGUCAAACUGUGAACAGAGCUUCAGCAUUGAGUCAUGUGCUACGCAGACACGAGUACAUCUAGCACUCUCUUGUUCCUCAUCUGUGAAGAUAGAGAUGCAAACCUGCUUCUAACUCGUUUAUAGUUCUUUGCUUCAUCUGCUCCUUAGUGGAACUACUUUUAGUAUUGCGCGAAUAGAUCAGUACAGACCCUGAUGUGUUUCUAACUGUGAAUUAGAAAAAGAGCUCAUGCUGAUGUUCUGUGAAGUUUAACCAAGAGCCUUAAAUAGAAAUGCUGUAGAAGCAUUUGAACAGAAACACUUCCUAACACUUCUGGUGUCACUUUUUUAUACUGUUUGCUUAUCUGUUGCACACUUUGGCUCUUUAGAAAUGCCUUUUUUCAAAAUAAAAUAUUUCAGAUACAAAGUU